AUGCUUGCGGGCUGGUUGCUUCGCGCCCUUGCCGGCGCAGAUCAGUCCGAGGAGGGCGCCGCGAGCCUGCUUCAGCUCCGGCGCGGGGCCGCGGCCCUGGGCUCGGGGGCGCUCCUGGGGCGCCUGGGGGAGCUGAGCGCCAGCUUGCGGGAGGCGCGGAGCAGCGUGGCCCUCGGCAACGGCACCGCCAGCCUCGACUCGCUACAGGAGGAGCUCGAUGUUCUGAAGAGCUACGUCGUUCUUGUGGAUGUCGCCGCGGUGGAGAAGCUUCGGAGUGGGAUCGCCCAGUGCAACGCAGCAUUCCGAAGCGCGCAGGAAGGAGAGGGCGGCGUGAACAGCUCGGAAGCCGCCAUGCGCCAGGCCGAGGCGCGCCACGACGCCUGCAGGGCGCAGGCGACGACACCCCCGCCAUCCCAGGAGCCCGGCCGCCCUUCGCACCACCGAUCGCGCCACUGGGGCUGCGUGCGGAAGCCCUGGAGGCGACCCUGGGCCAAACCCAAGUGGCUCUGUGGCCACACCUUGCUGGACGAGACGGGCGAGGGAGGGAAGGAGGCGUGGAGGCGCGCGGCGCGCGCGGCGGCCGCGAGGCGCAGGCCCGGCUGCGACGGCCUCCAGCGCGAGCUCGAGUCGGCGUUUUGCGCGUUCCGCGCGAAGCUGAUCGGCGCCUCCCUCGAGCUGGAGAAAUGCCGCUUGAGCUUGGAAAGGAGGAUGUCAGAGUUAGGGGUGUCGGAGGAGCUGCUGAGGAGGGCUCAUGAUUGGCAAGCACGGGCCUUCAUUGCGGAGACCCGGGCGCAGUGCUUCGUCGAGUCUUUGUCCUCCAGCUCCAACUCCACUCGCUGCGAAGACUUGCCGGUCGACACCUCCCAUCUCGAGAUGCCGUUCCCGCAGCUUGCAACCUGCAACACCUCCUCCGUGGCUGCCUAUCCCUGCGAAUCCGCUUGGCUCCAAGAGUGCCUGGGCACGGCACGUGAUUUUGGGAAGCUUUUCUUUCGGUACUACGGCCGCAAGGCCUGGCACCCAUCUGCUCGCCCGGCCGCCUGCACGCCCUGCCCGGCCCUACCGGGCGGCGGGUGA